UCAUACCCUUACCCGUAUAGAGUUUAUUCACUGAUAUUCUAAAUCUUACUUAAUUAUCCACAACAACAUGUGUUUUAAACGCAGUAUUAAGAAUAUCUAAAAAACAUGAAAAACUCUAUUAUUUAAACAAACAGAAUCAUAAAUUGACCAAAUUCUAUGUACAUUAUCCCCACUAAGGGUAUUCAUUAAGUCAGUUAAGUGAAUUACACCCACAUUAAGACAAAGGCUUCCGUCCCACUUUCUGUGCCUCUUGCAAUAUUUUUGUUUGGGGCGGGAUUAGUCAUUGUAAAUUGACUUACAAUGCGAACCGCAUAAUCUCCCAGAAGCAGAAACCAAGUGCAAGCCGACAGCUGCUGGCUGAACAGCGAUUGCUUAAUAAACAAAGAGAACACCCAAACAUUGACUUGUUCAAAAUUUAACAAUGCAUGCAGUAAAUGCCAAACGCCUUCUGCCACACCAGCCGUCGGUCGAGGGGGGAGAUCCUGGUCCAGAUGAUCUGGAUAGUCCAGCCAUAGAGGCCGCGGCCCUUGACAUACCCCCGCCCGAAACGGAAAGAGCACUUCAAAAAGGUAUCUGGGAGCGACCAGCACAGACGGCCGCUUCUUAUCAGGGGCCUAAAGAUGGGAGCACUGUGCUGCGUUUCGAUAUCCUUCUGGCCCACAUAAUGCCUCCCGAUGGCGAGGACGUAAAGAUCAAACGCUAUGUAGUGUAUGAACUAACCGUCAGUCAAGACGGCGAGACGCAAGACACUCAGCCGACGAAGAUCGAACGCCGCUACACGGACUUUCGGGAGCUUUAUCUGGCUCUGAAACGACUGCAUCCGGCGGAAAUGGCUAAUAAAUACUUUCCGGCCAAAGUACUGAUGGGAAACUUUAAAACGGAACUUAUCGGAGAACGGAGCGCUGCUUUUGAAGCCUUUCUCACCUAUGUAGCAAGUCAAGCGAACUUAAAAGAGUCUAAGGAGUUCUUACGCUUUUUGCAACAUGACGAGUUAACCCGGGCAUGUCAAUUUUUGGAUGAACGACGUAAUGAAAAUGCCAUACCAAUACUGGAGAACUGUUUUCGCCUGUUGAACAAGAUUUACAUGAAUCGCUCGCGCCCGGUGCUUCUCAUACUCUGCCGCCUGGUUGCGGCUUGUACUUCAUCCCCAGUACCACAUCAUUCUGCCGAGCGAUGGGCACUUUUGGCACUAAAUCGUUUUGAGACGUUAUGCGAUAUUGAUCUUCUACCGCUCUACAUACCCCUUUUACACACCUGUGCGCAUCUAUGGUGGCAACGCGGCCAAGACCAGAAACCCAUCACCGACCGACUAAACGACAUGUCCAAAAAAGGAAUUAACAUUGCCAACACGUCUACCCUGAUGCAAGCGAUUCACAAGAUUGACCCACGGACCGAAACCAUCUGAAUCUCCAGCAUUAAUGCCCAUCAAUAGGUUCACAAAUUUGUUAGCUAGUAGCCGCAAUGCGUUAAGUGCAAUUAGAGGAAGUGUGCAACUUAGUAUUAAGGGGAAAGUAAUAUUUAUACACCAUACAGUUUUUAAUUCAAUAUUUUUCAAUUUUUUUUUAUAAUUAUAGAAGAUUUUACCAUUUAUAGAAUAAAAGAAAGUAAAAGUUAAAUCAAAAUGCUGCAUGUGAUUAUUAAAUAGUAAAAUUUCUUUAAAACUUUGAUUUAAAAAAAAACUCCCACAUUAUAGAUAUGGGCUCCGUAAGCCAGUAGAUUCUUCUUUAAAUUAAACGAAUUCUUUAAAUUUUUUAAAAUUAUAAAUUAUUAUAGAGGUCCCCUUAUCAAGUUUAGUAAUAUAAUUCGAAUCGCAGUGUAUAUCCAUUUUUAUAUUGUAUUAGUUACCAAACACUCUAUGAAUCAUAGAAAUUCUUAACCAUAGAAUUCCAUAUCAGCCUGAGAAAACAUCAGACACUGUUGCCAAGUGUAAACAGUUUCCGAAUGGUAUUUUCGCCGAUUAACCUUACCGCCUUGUAAAUAAAUAACCAAAUGUUUCUCGAAACAGUUAACUUUA